AGUUGAGAUGCCCUCUGCUCCCCGGGGUUCAGGUUGCGACCUCUGACCCCGGGUCCGGGAGGAAGUACUGCUAGUGGCCGAGGAACCAGGGGUGGAGCGGACAGGGCCGCCCCCAGCCUCUCCCCAACGGCGGGAGGCGCCGAGUCCCCCGCGGACCCGGGAGAAGGGCCAAGGGCUUGUCUGCUCUUGGGGCUCAGAUGAUGGUUACAUUUGAUCACGGCCUGACAGUUUUAGCCAAGAAAGUAACAGCAGUGACGCCCGCGGCCUGAGCAGAGUGGCUCUGCCUCCGGUUCCCGAAACCCGCCCGCCGCGGUGAGCGAGCUCGGACCUUGGGCCGGGUCAGGCCAGGCAGUGAGCGCCGUUCACCCUCAGCUGGUGGCCCAGAGCAGUCAGCUCCCUUCUGUAUGACAUGUGGGAUCACUAGGCCACACCGCAUUCUGGUCCUCACCUGCACGGUCACCGGGUCGGCCCUCCUGUGGUGGGCCUUCAGCCUGUCCACCUGGGCGAAGGUGGACGUCCCCGACAGCCCCCAGGUCCUGUUCAGCGCCCUGUUUGCCAUCUGCAGCCAGGAGAUCAGGUGCUGGGUUCCUCCAUCCAAGUCAUACUGCUUCACAUUUGGUCGAAUUUUCAUGAUCAGCGCCCUUCUUCUCUCCUUCUUCCUGAACAUCACACUCCUGGCCUUCCCUCAUGCCCUUCCUGAUUCCCGGAAACAGCACUUUGUCUUCACCAUCACCUGCUUCAUCGUAGGUGUCUGUGUGCUCCUUGCGUUGCUGCUGCACUCUCUGUAUGUUUGGAAAGUAACUGACAUAUUCAAGGAAGCGAAAGUCACCUUUCUCUACCCCUCUUUCAUCCUCUCCGUCAGCACCACGCUGUUUUUCUUGUCUGGAAUUCUCUGCCUCGUCAGCGCCCACCACUGUUGGUUUCAGUGUGUUGUGCAGCGGCCAAUUCAGGUGAAACCCAUGCAAACACCCGUGGCCAGUCCUUGCCCUGUAGCCGUCAGCUAGCCUACCCUCCGUGCGAGCGGGCUAACCGUGGAAACCUGUCUAGCCUGCACCUCGAGACUUCCCAGCUCCACACUCUUGUUUAAUUGCUGUGGAAGACAAAGAGUUGGCCUGCUCCUGGCCGUUGUUCCGAUGAGGAUUAGGAUUCCAGGCACCUGGGUUUUCACCAGAGAGAAGACACAGUCGGGGCUGGGGAGUGAUGAGUCUGCUCUGGGUCUCGAAGACUUGGAAUGAAAACCUCCUCUCACCUUGAACCUGACCAAGGCCCACCCCAUCAUCUCAGUGUUUCCUGUGUCCUGCAAGGCGUGUCCUAACAGCGAGAAGCUCUUUCUCCACCUGUGUGGCCUGAGUUUUGAUAUAAAUUCUCUGCCCUCUGGUAAUUCUGUGAGUGUAAUCUUUUCACUGUUGUAUAACUCAGGGCUGUGUUUUAGGAAACACAAUCUCAUCCAAACUCACUUAAAUGACAACAAAAGAGUGAACUUACUGGACAGUCGCAGGGAUAGUCCGUCGACCCAACAGAAGUCCUGGAAGGAUCAGGGCUACACAGGACACGGGUGGAACCUGAAGCUCUCCUCCAGGACACGGCACCACUUUAACUAUUCAGUGAAGUUUAAUGGAAUGUCCUGACUCCUAAGUGCAAACAGUCUCCUAAAUUCCCCUUGCUCAUCACUUUCAAAGCCUGUUCCCACCCCCCACCCCCCCCCCCAACAGCCAGACCUCUGCUCCCGUCUGAGCCCUCCACACACCGUGCGCCAGCCAGGCCUGGGCCACCCCUGCCAGGCCAGGGGCUCUGAGUGGCUCCCCACUGCGGUCUCCACCAUGCGACCAAACCCUCUUCCUAGAACACAGAGCUGAGAAUGUUCUCCUUAAAAACCACUUUGCCUUGUUCUUACCUUCAGGAUAAAUUCCUUAUCUUGAUAAAUAAAGAUCUUUAUAAGUUGA